AUGGCCCGUACAAAGCAAACUGCCCGUAAAUCAACAGGUGGCAAAGCCCCUCGUAAGCAGCUCGCAACCAAGGCUGCCCGCAAGUCCGCUCCCACUGCGGGAGGAGUCAAGAAGCCCCACCGAUACCGCCCUGGAACUGUUGCCCUUCGUGAGAUCCGAAAGUAUCAAAAGUCGACUGAUUUGUUGAUCCGCAAGGCUCCCUUCCAACGUCUUGUCCGUGAGAUUGCCCAAGAUUUCAAGAGUGAUCUUCGAUUCCAGUCCACCGCCGUUCUUGCCCUACAGGAAGCUUCCGAAGCCUACUUGGUUGGACUCUUUGAAGAUACCAACCUUUGUGCUAUUCACGCCAAGCGCGUGACAAUCAUGCCCAAGGAUAUCCAAUUGGCUCGCCGCAUCCGUGGAGAACGUGCUUAA